UGUAUAGCGGCACUUGAUCCCGAAACUCUCGACACACUGGCAACUUGGGCUCCCGAAAACCAGACACUGUUUACUCCCUAUGCUACAGCAGCCAAUCGCACCAUUGUACUUCCUACACUACAAGGGCACAUCUUUGAAGUCGAGCGUGUCGACGGUGUCAAAGGGACGACCCUUCGCCAGCUUCGGGACAUUGAUCUCACCGGUGCCCUGCCAGAAGGGCACUCUCCAAGCAGCAGCUACUAUGAUGAAGAUGGUAACAUCUGGUUCUCUGCCGUGCGCCUAGCUUCGACGGGUUUGAUUGAAGAUUCCUCCAUACUUGGUUAUGUCACACCAAAUGGAACAAUCCAAACAACAAGGAUCGAUAACCAGAGGAUCGAGAACUCCAUGGCUGUCAACGGCAAAACAAUCUACAUCAACAGCGGGCCGCUCGCGUCGAAUGUUGCUAAUGAUACCGGUAACAUGAUUGCAUUCCAAGCAAGCGCGAUCGGAGACAUCGAACCAAUCUGGCUUGAGACAUACUCGGCAGGCAGUGCGUCGAAGCCCGGUGGUUUUGCACGAGGCUCCGGAUCCACGCCAGCAUUGAUUGGAGACAAGUUCGUCGCCAUGACAGACAAUGCUGAUGUACAAGUCAAUUUGGUGGUUUAUAGACAGGUCGAGGACUAUCAGAACAACCUUCCAGAAGGAGGAUCGAGCUUUGUCUGCCAAGUCCCGCUGUUUCAGCCAAACGCCAGUGCCAAUGAAAAUGCUAUGGUUGGGUAUUUUGACGGUUCUACUUAUAGUGUCGUCAUCAAUAACAACUAUGGCGCCCCUGAAAUGCAAAACCUCGGAGACGUGGACGACAUCAAUGGCGAUUUCAACAAUCUUGCCUCUUUGGCCCCUGGAAUAACCCGUGUCGACAUCUCUGAGGACGGGGACUGCAAGGUGCGCUGGACUCUGCAGGUUCGGUCGACAAGCGUCCUUAGUCUCUCAACCGCAAAUGGCCUUGUGUACUCUUACACACAGGACGAAGAGCUCGCUGAGGACGGUGAGUACGUCUGGUACUUCACGGCGAUUGAUUUCAAAACUGGUGAACUGGCCUGGCGUAUACGUUCAGGAGCGGGCGGAAAUUACAACAACAAUGUCGCGCCUACACAGAUGUCCCCGAAUGGGGGGCUCUACCAAGUCGUUCUUGGAGGCGUUACGUGGUUGAGGGAUGAUAUUUGA